AUGGCCUCUAAGACCUGGAAUGUUGGCGUGGUUGGCUACGGCUUCAGUGCCAAAACCUUCCACCUGCCCUUCCUCCCUGAAGUCCCGCAGCUGAAGCUCUACGCCAUUGUCCAGCGCACCCCGAAGCCCGAAGACGAUGCCGAGAAGGACUACCCCGGCGUCAAGUCUUACCGUGCCGCCGAAGACAUGAUCCAGGAUUCCGGCGUCGAUGUCGUCAUUAUCACCACCGCCCCCGACUCCCACUACGCCCUGUGCAAGUUGGCGCUGGAGAAUGGAAAACACGUUGUCUGCGAGAAGCCCUUCACCCCCACCUCCCAGGAAGCCGAUGAGCUGGUUGCGCUCGCCGACAAGCAGAAGAAGCUGCUGGCCGUCUACCAAAACCGCCGCUGGGACGCCGACUUCGUCACCCUCUCCAAGCUGGUCAAGAACGGCUCGCUGGGCCGCGUCGUCGAAUACGAAACCCACUUUGACCGCCACCGCCCGCAGGAGCCCGCUCCCGAUGCCUCCAAGUGGAAGAACAAGGUAAUCCCCGGCGGCAGCGCCAUCUACGAUCUAGGUACCCACCUGUUGGACCAGGCCGUGCACCUCCUCGGCAAGCCGGACCGCGUGACCGGAUUCGUGGGCUCGCAGCGCGCCGUGAACACCUCCGGCUUUGAGGACUCCUUCACUGUGCUCCUGCACUACAAGAGUGGUCUUCUUGUGACCGCCAAGGCUGGUGUCGUCAGCCCCGAAGAGGAGCAGCUGCGCUUCUGGGUGCGUGGAGAGAACGGUAGCUACAAGAAGUUCCAUCUCGACUGCCAGGAGGACCAGCUUAAGAGUGGAAUGAAGCCCUCGGAUAAUGGGUAUGGCCGGGAGCCGAGUGAGCGCUAUGGUUUCCUCACGACUAUUCAGAACGGCAAGCCGGUCAAGGAGGUCUACCCUACGGUGGAGCCUCCCACCUACACGGAGUACUACCGCAAGCUUGCGCGGGCUCUUGCGGGCGAGGGAGACCUCCCCGCAAGCGGUGCGGAGGCGCGCGAUGUGAUCAGGCUGAUUGAGCUGGCGAAAGAGAGCUCCCGCCUGGGCCAAACGAUGCAGGUUUAG